ACGCGUUCCCCCGGGCCGAGCUCGCUGCGAAGGACGCCGCGAUGUAUGUCUGAUCGUGACCUGAGGGGCAGUCAGGGUAGCAGCAAAGAAGGCGAGGCGGCUGAGAGUCCCGCACGACGUCCCCUCACUCAGUCUAAAGGCAGUUUGGGUUUCGGCUCAGAGAGAACCAGGCUCGCGCUUUUCCUCGAAAGCCGUUGCCCUGCCCUUGGCUUCCGAGGACAAAGACCACCUCAAACAGGCACGCUGGGAGCGCUGGGGCCGGCCAUGGUUUUGGAAGUGGGCUCCCUGGACGCCGGAGGCUUGCGGACGCUGCUGCGAGAGCGCGCAGCACAGUGCCUGCUGCUGGACUGUCGCUCCUUCUUUGCUUUCAACGCCGGCCACAUCGCCGGCUCGGUCAACGUGCGCUUCAGCACCAUCGUGCGGCGCCGGGCCAAGGGCGCCAUGGGCCUGGAGCACAUUGUGCCCAACGCCGAGCUCCGCGGCCGCCUGCUGGCCGGCGCCUACCACGCCGUGGUGCUGCUGGACGAGCGCAGCGCCUCCCUGGACGGCGCCAAGCGCGACAGCACCCUGGCCCUGGCCGCUGGCGCGCUCUGCCGAGAGGCGCGCGCCGCGCAAGUCUUCUUCCUCAAAGGAGGAUAUGAAGCUUUUUCGGCUUCCUGCCCAGAGCUGUGCAGCAAACAGUCGACCCCCAUGGGGCUCAGCCUUCCCCUGAGUACUAGCGUCCCUGACAGCGCUGAAUCAGGGUGCAGUUCUUGCAGCACCCCGCUCUAUGAUCAGGGUGGCCCUGUGGAGAUCCUGCCGUUUCUGUACCUGGGUAGUGCCUAUCAUGCUUCCCGAAAAGACAUGCUGGACGCCUUGGGCAUCACCGCCUUGAUCAACGUCUCAGCCAACUGUCCCAACCAUUUUGAGGGUCACUACCAGUACAAGAGCAUCCCCGUGGAAGACAAUCACAAGGCGGACAUCAGCUCCUGGUUCAACGAGGCCAUUGACUUCAUAGACUCCAUCAAGAACGCUGGAGGACGGGUGUUCGUCCACUGCCAGGCAGGCAUUUCCCGAUCGGCCACCAUCUGCCUUGCUUACCUCAUGAGGACUAACCGAGUCAAGCUGGAUGAGGCCUUUGAGUUUGUGAAGCAGAGGAGAAGCAUCAUUUCCCCCAACUUCAGCUUCAUGGGCCAGCUGCUGCAGUUUGAGUCCCAGGUCCUGGCCCCACACUGCUCAGCAGAGGCUGGGAGCCCAGCCAUGGCUGUGCUGGACCGCAGCACCUCCACUACCACCGUCUUCAACUUCCCUGUCUCCAUCCCCGUCCACUCCACGAACAGUGCAUUGAGCUACCUUCAGAGCCCCAUCACGACCUCUCCCAGCUGCUGAAAAGCCACGGGAGGUGAUCUCCACAACCUUCUUGGGACUCCAGGCUCCUUGAGGAGAAAUGCAAUAACUCUGAGGAGGGGGCUCGUGAGGGCUGGUCCUUAUUUAUUUAAUUUCACCCCCGAGUUCCACUGGGUUCCUAAGCAGUCAUAGUGAUGAUGUAGCAUCAAGAUGUUUGCUGAACUCAGCACAUUCAGGACCAAUCUGUAGUGGGUACAUCAAGUCCCUCUGACAAAAAGGGGCCGAAGAGAAAGGACUCGGUUAAUGAGGCAAUUUCUUUUUGCUUGCUCCUGUUUUUUUGUAGGAAUUCUUCAUGCUUGACAUACCUACCAGUAUUACCAUUCCUGACGACACAUACCUAUGAGAAUAUACCUUAUUUAUUUUUGUGCAGGUGGUCCACCUUCACAAACGUCCGCGUCUACUCCUAGAAGAACCAAAUACCUCAAUUUUUGUGUUUGAGUACUGUAAUAUCCUGUAAAUAUAUCCUAAGCAGGUUUCUGUUUGGCACUGAUGGGAAGCACCAGUGUUGUCAUUGUUUUUUAGUUGCCAGCAGUUGUAUGUCUGAUUAUUUAUGAACUGAAAUAAUAUAUUUCUUUUAAGAAGACAUUUUGUUACAUAAGGAGGACUUUUUUUUUAUACCACAGAAUAAAUUAUGGCAUUUCUAUUGAAA